ACCCACUUAGGUAAAUGCAGAUGACCACUAGUAGAUAUUAUACAUUUCCAUCCCAAUACCAGCAUCUUUUAGAGACAAAAGAGACAUAUUCACAUAGUGCUAUCUAAACCAGUGAGUGGAACAAUUGUUAAAUCCAGAUAUUAAGAUGAGCACAGACGGAGUGGAACACUCAGAGGCUCACCAUGAACAAGCAGACAAUGAACAAAAUGGAAUUGACUUCACCAGACAAAUCAAGACAGAGGUCCUCAAUGACUCUCCCCAUUCUGUCUUAUCACACAAGACAUGUCACCUGACACAAGGAGCCCUAAUAUCUGGUGGCCAGCUAUCAGGGGAAGUCUCCUCCUCACACACCAUGCAGCAGUUGGUGCUUAUGCCCGGCUCUCACCACCUCUCACCCCCCUCCUCCUUCCUCCUCUCACAGACACAACACACUGGGCACCAAGCACUUCUGCAGCAGAACCUCCUCAGCUUUCCCACCCAGAGCCAGUCAGGCCUCCUCCAGCACCAGCCUGGGUUAGCAUUGACACCUCAGGCCAUGAGUCGGUCGGGCCUGACGUCGUCGUCCAUGGAAGGCCACCUGGACAUGUCCCACCUGCAGGUCCCCAAACACAUGGGGCCCCCCCAGCAGGACGAGGCCAGUGACCUGGAGGAGUUGGAACAGUUUGCCAAGGCCUUCAAACAGAGACGCAUCAAACUGGGCUUCACCCAGGGUGAUGUAGGCCUGGCUAUGGGGAAGCUGUAUGGGAAUGACUUCAGCCAGACCACCAUCUCCCGCUUCGAGGCCCUCAACCUAAGCUUCAAGAACAUGUGCAAGCUGAAGCCUCUACUUGAGAAAUGGCUGAGUGACGCAGAGAAUUGCCCCUCUGACUCUAUGAGCAAUGCUGUUUCUCUACCCCCCCUGAUGGAAGGCUAUGGAAGGAAAAGAAAAAAGAGGACAAGCAUCGAAACCAACAUAAAGCUCACCCUGGAGAAACGCUUCCUUGACAACCCCAAGCCUAACUCGGAGGAGAUCAUGCUGAUCUCAGAGCAGCUGUCUAUGGAGAAGGAGGUGGUGCGGGUGUGGUUCUGUAACCGCAGACAGAAGCAGAAGAGGAUCUACUGCCCCGUGUCCACCUCACCAAUGAAAUCACACAACUUCAACUCCAGAAUGGCAUCCACGUCCAGAUCAUACAGCCCUCCUGCUUCAGGAGUGUCAUCGAGUUCCUCUCCCAAUAGUCCUAGUCGUGGGCCUUCGCCUGGAACACUCCGGUCUGGCUCCGCUGCUCUGACCUCUCAGGUCAACCAGUCCUUCAGCUCACCAGGGUCGUGGUAUCGCACAUGGAACCCUACAUCCUAUCACCACUGAGAAAGCCUGCCUGUUGUGGAAGAGAACUAAAACUAUUGAUGUCAAUGAAUGGAAACAGAAAUAGAUACAAACCAGCAGAAACACGUGAAGACCUUUUAAAAUUCUAUUGAGAAACUCUAUGCAUUUGGAAUUAAAUGUGAAAUGUCAUAAUCAAUAUUUCUAGCAUCAGUUUAGGGCACCUCUGAGGUCAUAUGAGGCACAAACUGAAUUUGAGCCUACAUUAUCUAUAAGAGUAAAACUAUUGGAAGCAACAAAAAAAAGAAUAGGAACAUCAGAGUCAGGGACGGAUUCUGUUAAACCUGCCGUUAGAAUAUGUUGACGCAGCAACUGUUAAACUACUGCCCACGCACCUGUGGCUUAUUCAGACAACUGGAUCAAUAUGACCUCAACAGCGUCUACCUGGCAUUUUACAGUACUGUACUCUAAAGUUUUGACUUUACAGUCCAAAUCACUGCAAUUUCAUUUGACCACCGGAAAAUAAGAUACAGUAUGUCUGUAUGCCACUAUGUAGCCUAUGCAGCUGUAUGAGUUGGAUUGAAUUUAACUGCCCAUGAAUGUUUACAGUGCGGUUAAUUUGCCCAUUUCCUUUGAUAUUCAUCAGGAGUUCAGGUGUGAGAAUAAAUGUGCGAAGGUGUAUAUAUUAAAAUGCCAGACAGCAAUCUAAAUAAUGAUGUUGCCUACUGUUUGUAUUUUUAUACAGUUGAAGUCGGAAGUUUACAUACACCUUAGCCAAAUACAUUUCAACUCAGAUUUUCACAAUUCCUGACAUUUAAUCCUAGUAAAAAUUCCCUGUUUUAAGUCAGUUAGGAUCACCACUUUAUUUAAGAAUGUGAAAUGUCAGAAUAAUAUUGGAGAGAAUGAUUUAUUUCAGCUUUUAUUUCUUUCAUCACAUUCCCAGUGGGUCAAAAGUUUACAUACACUCAGUUAGUAUUUGGAAGCAUUGCCUUUAAUAAAUUGUUUAACUUGGGUCAAACAUUUUGGGGAGCCUUCCACAAGCUUCCCACAAUAAGUUGGGUGAAUUUUGGCUCAUUCCUCCUGACAGAGCUGUUGUAACUGAGUCAGGUUUGUAGGCCUCCUUGCUCGCACACGCUUUUUCAGUUCUGCCCACACAUUUUCUAUAGGAUUGAGGUCAGGGCUUGGUGAUGGCCACUCCAAUAUCUUGACUUUGUUGUCCUUAAGCCAUUUUGCCACAACUUUGGAAGUAUGCUUGGGGUCAUUGUUCAUUUGGAAGACCCAUUUGCGACCAAGCUUUAAUUUCCUAACUGCUGUCUUGAGAUGUUGCUUCAAUAUAUCCACAUAAUUGUCCUUCCUCAUGAAGCCAUCUAUUUUGUGAAGUGCACCAGUCCCUCCUGCAGCAAAUCACCCUCACAACAUGAUGCUGCCACCCUCGUGCUUCACGGUUGGGAUGGUGUUCUUCAGCUUGCAAGCCUCCCCCUUUUUCCUCCAAACAUAAUGAUGGUCAUUAUGGCCAAACAGUUCUAUUUUUGUUUCAUCAGACCAGAGGACAUUCCUCCAAAAAGUACGAUCUUUGUCCCCAUGUGCAGUUGCAAACCGUAGUCUGGCUUUUUUUAUGGCGGUUUUGGAGCAGUAGCUUCUUCCUUGCUGAGCGGCCUUUCAGGUUAUGUCGAUAUAGGACUUGUUUUACUGUGGAUAUGGAUACUUUGUACCUGUUUCCUCCAGCAUCUUCACAAGGUCCUUUGCUGCUGUUCUGGGAUUGAUUUGCACUUUUCGCACCAAAGUACGUUCAUCUCUAGGAGACAGAACACGGUAUGACGGCUGCGUGGUCCCAUGGUGUUUAUAGAUGACCGUGGCACCUUCAGGCAUUUGGAAAUUGCUCCCAAGGAUGAACCAGACUUUCCAGGGUCUACAAUUUUUUUGAGGUCUUGGCAAUUUUUAUUGAUUUUCCCAUGAUGUCAAGCAAAGAGUUUGAAGGUAGGCCUGGAAAUACAUCCACAGGUACACUUCCAAUUGACUCAAAUGAUGUCAAUUAGCCUAUCAGAAGCUUAUAAAGCCGUAACGUCAUUUUCUGGAAUUUUCCAAGCUGUUUAAAGGCACAGUCAACUUAGUGUAUGUAAACUUCUGACCCACUGGAACUGUGAUACAGUGAAUUGUAAGUGGAAUAAUCUGUCUGUAAACAAUUGUUGGAAAAAAUACUUGUGUCAUGCACAAAGUAGAUGUCCUAACAGACUUGCCAAAACUAUAGUUUGUUAACAAGACACUUGUGGAGUGGUUGAAAAACGAGUUUUAAUGACUCCAACCUAAGUGUAUGUAAACUUCCGACUUCAACUGUAUAUCAUGUUUGCUUAAAUAUAUUUAGGUUGUGAAAUGAGUCGAAAUGAUAGAGGGAAAAGAGCUUUGGAAAAAGAAUAAAGAUUUUAAAAUCA